AUGAUGGAAGGCGUGACGGAGGCGGGAGACGGAGGCGGGGGCGUGGCCCUCAGAGACUUUCUACAGCAGGUGGGGAACGGCAUCGACACUCACACGACGAGGCUGCGGGAAGAUAUUCUGCUGCUGCUGCUGCCGUACCUCAAGGAGCACCUGCUAGUGAUGAAGGAGUCACUGCGGGCCGAGGCGGAGCACCGCGAGCAGGCGCUGCAGGAGGAGAAGCGGGAGAUGGAGGCCUCCCUUGGCGCCGCGGAGGCGAGCGUCCGGCAGCAGCAGACGCUGGCGCGUGGCCUGGUGCGGCUUCUGGGCGAGGCGCACAGGCGGUUGUGGUGGCAACGUCGCUUCCACGAUUGGCAGGGGUGGGUUGCAAAGCGGCGGCAGCAACGGCAACUCGGCAGGAUCGUGACUCACGCUGCAAAUAUGACGCAGGCCCGCCACUUUUACACGCAGUGGCGCCUCUUCGCCUUGACCCGCAGGGAGUGCAAGUUCACACUUGCCGAGGAGUCGCGGUGGAAGUGUCGUGAGACGGAGCUGCUGGCAGAAGUAGAGGCGCUGAAGGGCCUUGUGGAGGAGGAGCGGCGCCGCAGUGACGGGUUGGAGGAAAAAAUGAAGACGGCGUUUGUCCGCGGCGUCUGCGCAUUGAACAGGGAGGCGGUGCAGGUGCUGCGGGGGACGCAGGGCGCGGCGGCGGAGGAAGAGGAGGAGCAGCAGCAGCAGCAGCGGCAGGGGGCGCUGGAGGUGGGGGGGGGCGCCACCUGCGCGACUGUACGACGCUCGUACUGCGCGGUUGCUGCCAGCACACGCGAGCCACACGCCUAG